UCAAAUAAUCUACCUUUUCAAUGUUUCAAAGUUUUCCUUUAGUUUUCUUAUUAUUAUAUAUCUUUGUUUAGGUACGUCUUAAGAUUUUUAUUAAUAAAGUGUGCGCUGUUCUUAAAUAACAUCACAUCGACGAUAUAAGUAGUGUCAAUCAAAAGUUGUGCCAAAUAUAUACACGCGUUCUAUUUUUAAAUAAAUGAUUCUUGAACUGAAUUACUUAAUGCUAGUUCGACUAGUACAGAAGUAUUAAAAACUUUUCUUCUUAACACUGAUAACGACCUACAAAUAUUUAUUAUAACGAAUUUUUAUCAGCAAGUUGUUAAACUUGCUGUUUGUUAUAUGUUAAAAUAGAAUUUUUAAAUUCCAUUUGAAGCACGGCUGUAGCAACGUAAUAACGAAAAUGGUCAAGGCAGUUGCAAUUAUUACAGUGAGUGAUAGCUGUUUCAAGGAUAACUCUCAAGACACGUCUGGACCAGCACUGUUUGAUUUCAUAACAGAAAAAUUUCCAGAGGCAAACAUACAUACAAUAAUUGUACCUGAUGAGAAAGAAAUCAUUGAGCGAGAGCUUAAAUAUUUUUGUGAUUCUAAUAUUGAUCUGAUUUUAACAACUGGAGGUACAGGUUUAAGUCCUCGGGAUGUUACUCCAGAAGCAACUAAAGCAAUUAUCCAGAGAGAAGUGCCAGCAAUACCAAUUGCAAUGACCAUAGAAAGUCUUAAGAAGACUCCGUUGGCAAUGUUAUCUAGAGCAGUUGCUGGCAUCAAAGACCGUACACUUAUAAUUAAUUUUCCAGGAAGUAAAAAAGCUGUUACAGAAUGCAUUGAAGUUGUUAAGGUUGUUUUAUCUCAUGCUAUUUCUGUAAUUAACAAUGAGCUGGGUGAAGUUAGAACCGUCCAUGACAAGUUGCAAGUUGAUCAUAUCUGUCCGCAUAAACGGAACAGUAAUGUUGAUAUAUCUAAAGUAGCACUAAGACCCCGUGAAUCUCCUUAUCCUAUGAUUGAGAUGGUGGAAGCCUUUAAUAUAGUUGAUGCUGUAAUGUUAAAAUGGGUAGAGAGAGUAGAAUUAGUUUCUCUUGAAGAAAGUACGGCCUGUGUUGUUGCUCAAGACAUCAUUGCUAAGGAACCUAUGCCUCCAUUUCCAGCAUCAGUUAAGGAUGGUUACGCUUGCCUUAGCUUGGAUGGUGUUGGUAUACGUAAAGUACGGGCCGCUGUAACAGCAGGUGAAACUCCAUACAUGCCUCUUGGUCCCGGGGAAUGUGCCAGGGUUAAUACAGGAGCACCUUUACCACUUGGUGCAGAUUGCGUUGUUCAGGUCGAAGAUACUAAGCUAAUUAAGGCUUCAGAUGAUCAUAGGACCGAAUUGGAAAUUGAGAUACUUGUGGCACCCCAGCCACACCAGGACGUCCGACCUAUUGGCUAUGACAUUCCUGUUGGUUCAAUGCUAGUCGAAAAAGGUGACGUAAUAGGUGCCGCACAAAUUGGUAUUUUAGCAGGGGCUGGUUACCAGAGUGUUCCUAUAAUCGCUUACCCUAAGGUGGCCAUCAUGUCAACUGGUAACGAAUUGCAAGAACCUUCAGAUAGUAUCCUGCGCCCGUCUCAUAUUAGGGACUCUAACAGAAUCAUGUUGAAAGCAUUACUCAAGGAACACGGCUACGACAGCAUAGACUGCGGAAUUGCGCGGGAUGAUCCGUCGGCGCUGGCGGCAGCUAUCGCGCGUGCUCUACCACGCACGGACAUACUCAUAUGCACGGGAGGUGUUUCUAUGGGUGAGAGGGACUUACUGAAACCGGUGUUGACUAAUGAUUUUGGAGCAACACUGCACUUCGGACGCGUCCGCAUGAAGCCUGGAAAACCGAGCACUUUCGCCACCUGCGAGUUUCAAGGGAAAACUAAGUUUAUUUUUGCAUUACCCGGUAAUCCCGUUUCGGCUUACGUGUGCUGUUUACUUUUCGUAAUACGCGCGCUGCGGCAAUGCACGCGCCACACGGGCGACUUUGCCCGUAUGGGGGUGCGGUUAGCGCACGACUUGACGUUGGACCCGCGGCCGGAGUACGCGCGAGCUGUCUUGCAGUUCCCGAGCGUUAACGAACUGCCCGUCGCCACGUUAUUGGGGAACCAGUGCAGUAGUCGGUUGCUGAGUGCAUGCGGCGCAAGCGUGCUGCUGGAGUUGCCAGGAGCCUCGGAACAGGUGAAACAGUUACCUGCAGGUACCACUGUUUCAGCAUUCGUCACCGGAAGGAUAGAUCUCACCAGGCUCUAACCCUUUCGUUUAUAUUAAUCUACUUGAAAAAUGGUGUAAAAUUAUCAAAUAUAUUUAUUCAUCAUCACACAGAUCAUGAAUAACACAGGGUAAAUGCGAUAUGUAUGUGUUUGAAUCCUUAUUGUGGUGGUACUUUAAUCGGAGCCGGUGUACUUUCGCUCAGUAGAAUUUUAGGUUAUAGGCUUUACAACGGUUAUUAGUAUUUGCCAACGUUUAUAUUUUAUAAAAAAAAAAGAUUAUAUAAAACUUGGUAUAAAAUAAUUGUAAUUAAUUGCAUAGAAAUCUUUUAUUGUUAUACGAAUGCUAAAUUAUAUUAUGUACGUAACCUUUAAUCUAAAAAUCAGUAAAAUUUUUUUUAUUUAUUUAUUGAAUCAGUAUAAACAGACCACUUUAUUACAAAAAAAAGAACAGUAUAAGCUUUGUUUUUGAAUGGAUUAGUAGGUUAAAAUAAGUAGUUAUCGUCAAAUAGGUACUCAGAAUGUCCAAAGUAACAUUGAAAAUAGAUUUUGUGCUCUACGUAACUAUAAGCCUCGAAUUUGACUACAAUCUAUGCAGUCGCUAUAUACAUAAUAUACUUCAAUUUUUCCUGUUGUAUUUUAAUAAAUGUAUGUAAACAAUCCUUUCAAUACUUUUUCGUGAUAAGAAUUUUUUGAAAAUAGAGAAAAAAGUGUUGUUAAAUAAAUACAAGAUUUAUUUUAUAUAUU